CUAUGUAUUUGUAGUCAACCCGUCAUUAAACAGUCAUCACGAUGGUGAAUCUGGUAUGGGUCGUGGUUUUGGUCGUGGUUUUCGUGGACGUGGUGGAAUAAGACCUGGUAUGGGUCGGGCUGAGUUUGCACCUCCUGAUAUGGCAAUGGCUGCACCUUGGAUGGGUGAGUAUACUACUCAACUAUUGUAUCUACAGCUGAACCUCUAGUAAGCGUAGUAACCUAUGCUUUAAAUAACCGAUGGUGUACCAGCGCGCUGUCCCCUUGACCAGUUAAAUCGUCUGGUGUUAAGUGUAAUAAUGAGUAAAAUAACCAAGUAGGCGCAAUGUGGCCUGAAUGCGUUAGCUAACAGGGGUCGAAAUUUACAUUUGUUUCUCAUACAUAUGCAACCUGAACAAUUAUAGAUUUUGAACUUCAAUAUUCCGUCUGAACAUCCACUAUUCCUGUAUCUAUCUGAGAUCCUGUUCACAGGCUAGUAUUACUGACGUUUGUGACGUAAGCUACAAAAUAUCAACAGUCUACAGUCCGAAAUGAAGAAAAAAUCAACAAAGUUUUAACGGCAAAAUUAUCUGCAAUAAUGUUCUGGUACAAUAAAUUGAUACCAACCACAUUUUUUUACCCUUUCAUGGAAUACCAAAGUUCAAUGGAAUACCGUAAACUUCGACCCGUGACUAAGUUAGCUAUGAUUUGCUGGAUAGCAAAGCUAAGAUAGAACUAUGUUUUACUGGAUAGUUUUGUUGGUUCUUUCUAUAUAACCUUUCUUCAUACAGAUCCAGUAAGCCAAUCCCUUAUUGAGCCAGUAUUAACAGGACUAUCAGGUCUGUUCUCUCCAGAGCUCCAACUAACAACGGUCAUGUCUUAUUGUCCAGUGUUUCUACAUGAGGAAACUUAAAGUAUACUACCCGUUUUAAACUGUUCCUACGUACUAUACUAGGUCCAGUGGCACUACAGGAAGAAACUGAAAUACCGUAGAAAACCAGCCGGGCUAUUUUGUAAUAAAUUUGGAGGUUUAUUGCAAGCUCCAUGCAGUGAGCAAGAACUUCAGUCAUUCGGUCUGUGGGAAAAGUGAUGCCAAGAUGGCGGCCAUUGACGUGCAAUACCUGCGAAGGUCGUAAACACCUUUUAUACCAUUUUCCCACCUAAUUCCUUUUCUAACGGCCUGUAUUACUAACCCAGUUAUCAGUUCAUAAAACCAUCGUGUUCUUCUCUAAAUCGAUGUCAAAAUACAAAAUUUCGGCACACUCCUUCUCAAGAUGGCUUCUCGAGUCGAGUUCUCACUCCAGGGGUGAUUAAAAAAGUGAUUAAAGUUAACUAUAGUUAGUGGAAACGUCAUCCAAUAAGAAGCGCGUAUUUGAGAGUUAAUCACUAUUUAACUACAAAAUAGUGAUUAAAAAAGUGAUUAAGAGUUUUAUACAACCGGCCCCAGAUAUAUAUGGAGCUCGCUGGUGUAGUGCAAGCUCCUUAUUACAGACUGCUUUUAACUUGGUUUAUUCUGGCUUUCUACUGUAACACAUUCUAUUCUUCCAGGUCCAGGACCUCCAAUGUUACGUGCACCUCCACCUGGUAUGCCUGGAAUGUUACCACCACCUGGUGAUAAACUACCACCUGGUAUGGCAGUACCUGGUGUUAUGGUACGUAUGAAUCUGAAUACUAAAGCCCGUACCCAGGGAUGGAUUCAGCCCGAUCGGGUGCGGGGGGGGGGGGGUGGGGGGGCUCGUCUCAUUGAGCUCCGCACAUUAUUCUAAACAAAGUGAAAUGUUUUAAGGUAAUUCCGAAGUUUUGCAUUGCGCACUUUUACUGCGCACAUCUUAUAACUUAUAAUUUCAUCCAUUAUACGUACCGUUUAAAACAAAAUAUCAUUUUAUGACAAUUUUAUGUUACUUCAAAACAUCUUUGGUUACAUUCGUGCAAAGAAUUACGUUAAAAUCAAUGUUUUCAAAAAAGGCAUACAAAAGUGUAGCUAGGGUUCCCUGUGUCUGUAGUAUAUUUAUUUACUUGUAUUUCACGUUUUAAUGCCACAAUUCCCUAGAAAGAUCGGUGACCCCCGUUUUUUAACUGAUAAUUUAUUUCUUUAAUGCAUUUUACAUUUCAUAUCCGAAAUUAAAAGAAAAAUAAUUUCUGGAUCUUGAAAAAAAACCUUUAUCAAUGCAUGUUCUCAAAGAAAGAUAUGUAAAGAAAUGUGGAAAAGACAUUUGUGGAUCAGAAUUGUACACGUUAGUAGUUUCAUUUUGCUCAAAACACAAUAUUUUUUCAAAAAUAAUUACAAGAUAGGUUUACUAAAGCAAAAUCCGCGCUAAAAACGUCAAUAAAUAUCGGGCUGUUGUGAUUUUGCUGUUACUCGUAAUGAGCGUCAAGAUGGCGCCAUAUUGGGGUAAAGGUGGUAUAUUGUGAUUGUCAUAUCUUCUUAACGAGUUCGGUGACCCCGACUUUUUUGUGUGAUUUUACUUUAAGUAUAUCAUAAACUCCAUGCCUUGGAAGUUUCAGCACAUUCCCAUUUCGGGAACAAUUACUGCGGAAUUACCUUAACUGCAAUAAAGAAGACCCCCUCACUCAUGUCACAAUAUGGACAAUAUGUUAUCAUAAGGCACUUUAGUGUCCAACAUAAAAUUCAUUUAUCAGAUUGUGUUUGCGUUUUAUUAUUUUAUAUAUAGCACAUAUAUAGUUCUUUGCUUGGUAACCAAGCCUUAAAGUGAUCCCAAAAAAAUUUCUGCAGACGGCUAAGCACGCACGCUGAAAUUUAAUCAUGCUAAUUCAAACUGUUAGGAAAAGCUUUACCAUUUACAACUAGUUAUAUUAGUCAAGCCCAUCAGGUUUUUGGUUUACUGUCUUUGCAUUAGUCAAUUAUGUCUCAAUGUAUUGUUUCUAUUUGACAGGGUGGUCCUCCUCCAAUGGGUAUGAUGAUGCCUUUUCCUGGUGAUCCAGGUAACAACAAUUUGAUAUUAUAUUGUAAAAUAUAGACACACAGGGCGCUUU